AUGCAGCCGUCGCUGAAGCGCGGCCGACAGCAGCUGCAGCGGGGAGCCGAGAGUGCCUCAUCGGCGGACUCUCAGGCUCUGCUGCAGCGCCUCGGCUCGUCUAAGAACAUCAACGCUCUCUACAACCAGGUUAUCGAAGCGACAAUUGAGCGCUGCACUCAGUUCCAGAGUGCCAAAGUGAUGGAGGCGAUUGAGCGACAAUGGCGGCUCGCGCUGCAGCGACGAACUGCUGAACUGCGGCGGGCUGUUCCCGCCUCUUCAGGCGCAGGGAGUGAGGCGAGCGGCAACGCCGGCAAAGGCGCAGCUGUCACGCAAGGAACAAGCAAGACAAGGACGCCGCCGUCUGCCUCUGCUGCGCCGGCGCUUCCAUCAGCGGCGCUUCCACCAGCGGCGCUUCCAUCAGCGGCGCAGUCUGGAAUGUCGCCGGUCCCCACUCGAGAAGCCAAGGGCCCGGCCGCUUCGAGAGGCGGCGCGCUGGAAGGAGAGAAAGGUCGAAGCGGAAGCGACGAAUCUGCCAACGCGAGCGUGCCGUGCGUCGCUGCCGGGAACAAAGAGAGUCUCGAGGACGGCGCAGGAUCUGCAGAAGCUGCAGCUGAUGACGACGAUGAUUUCGCCGAUGCCGACGUCGACGAAGCUGAGACAGUCGGCGGACCAACGCCGGGACCCUACCUGGGUUCAGGCAGCGACAGCCAGAACGACGGGGCCGCGCUCGCAAAAAGCGCUUCCCAAGAGCUCGGCCAGCAGGCGAAGGAAGCAGCGACGACCGCUGGAGUGGCAGGUGGCGCUGACGCAAACUGCCAUACACGUACCGAGCUCGAGGAAAGAGAAGAGCAGCUCGACGAUGUCUCAGAUCUAGAUGAUCAGGAGCCCACGGCCACGGAUGGCAUCUAUGCACUGUACGAGAAGGCGGGCAGGCAAGAAAUUGCUUUCGACCGUCUGUACGGCGAGUUGAAGUUUUAG